AUGGAGUCCUUUUCACUGGCCCUACUGGCUUAUGAUCGCCUGAUUGCUAUAUGCUUUCCUUUGCGUUACCCGACUAUCAAUACUAAUCUGAGGAUGGUGCUUAUCAUAGCCGGGCUUUGGCUUCUGGUAUUUUUGAUUGAGCUUUUCCCUGUAGCUCUGGCCAGUGGUCUGUCCUAUUGUAGAUCAAGGGUGGUGCCAAGCUGUUGCUGUGAGCAUGGCCAGGUUUACAAGCUAGCUUGUGGAGAUAUUUCUUAUAACAGGAAUCUGGCAACUAUUAAGACAUUAGCUAUUCUGCUUGGCCCUCUGACUUUUAUUAUUUGCUCAUAUGUCAUAGUGGUGGUGGCUGUGUUGCGAAUUGCAUCUACAGCCCAAUGUUGGAAGGCCUUCAACACCUGUCUUACUCACAUGGUCCUGGUCCUCAUUUAUUAUAUGCCGGUGAUUUUGGCUUACAUACUAGGGAACUUGCGAUUAGUGAAAUCACUUGAUCUUUUCAUAGCAGUUCUGACAGUGACCACUACGCUGCCAGCCAUGUUAAACCCCAUCAUAUAUAGUCUAAAGACUGAGGAACUAAAGAAAGAAACUAGAAAAGCACUUGGAGAGCGC